CUCUCUCUCUCUCUCUCUCUCUCUCUCUCUCUCUCUCUCUCUCUCUCUCUCUCUCUCUCUCUCUCUCUCUCUCUCUCUCUCUCUCUCUCUCUCUCUCUCUCUCUCUCUCUCUCUCUCUCUCUCUCUCUCUCUCCAAUCGAUGCUUCGAUGUUCAUCUGUAGAAAAAGGGAUCGAAGAAUCAAAUCCAUUGAAAGUACAAUUUUAUGUUUAUCAACUUCAUUCGAUCAAGUAUCUGCUAAAUCAAGCGAUGUAUGUCAAAGAUCAUUGUCUCCAUGAGUAGAUCGGCCAUCUAAGUUUUGAAUUGGGAGAAAUCAAAUCUUUUUGUCAAGAUCGAGACUGAUAGAAAACAAUCAUGUAUUUUCAGACAUCUUCUCGUGCUAAAAAGAGUCCUACAGGAUAAAAUAUAGACCCUUGGAGCGGAUAGACAGAGCCCGGAUUCAGAUUUAUAAACUGGCAUAAAUCUGAUACAAUGGAAGACGACAACCUAGACGCAGACUGAAAAUACGGUUCGACUCCAGUGAUUGGUUCCAGUUUUUUCCGUUUCAUCUUCAGAAAAUCGAGACCAAGAAAGUUUCCUCGUUUCAGUAAGAGGAUGAGAGAGUAGCUGAAAGAGGAGAUUGGCCGUGUAUGAUAAAUUUAUUUAAGAGGUCGUAGCAAUCUUGUAAAUGGAGAUUACAAAGGCCUGUGAAGAAUAAGGAAGCAUCAAAGUGUUAUAUGAAUCAAAACUGUCUUAUAGCAGGCAACUACUAUGAUAUUGAACAGGAUCAUCUGUCACGCUUCCGAUACGUGGCUUACCGAUCAGGAAUGCCAAGAUACUGAGCGCACCUCACAAGUCACGCCUCCAUCAUUUGCUUCUUAAUACUAUCCUUUAAAUAUGUUACAAUAAGAAAGAAGAAGAAGUUAUAUGCCUUUUUUCAAAAAAGAAGAAGAAGUUAUCACGAAAAAAUCAAAGAAGAGAAGAAGUUAUCAUGGGUCAAGCCCUCAAUACCGCAAAAGGGAACGGUGAGUUAAAUAGGAAAGACUUGGAAACUAUGGCAGAUAAUUGCUACCGCAAACGCCUUGAAGAACAAGAUGACGAUCAAGAAUGGUCUUUUGGCGACUUCUACCGUAUUGUGGAUGAAGCUGUCGAAGAAAUUAAUAGAAGACUCGGUGGUACCCAACUUAAGGUGCCAAGUGUUGAUAAAUUACAAGAAGCUUAUGAGAGACACAAUCUCGGUGAGGGGAAGAAGAUAUCAAAAGACGAGUUUCAGAAGCUUCUUCAGGAGGUUUUGAUCGGAGCUGGGUUCACCGGGGUCGGAGGAGUAAAAGAGUUUCUACUCUUCAUCUUUGGAGUUCCUGCCUUGACCGUAUUCCUCAAGAACCGUAUAGCUCCGACGUCUUUCCCCAACGACUUGCUCAUCCCCGCCGUCACUUCCGCUACCGUCUUCCUCCUCGCCAAGCUCAACAAGAUAUGACUCUAUUUGUUUGAUCUUUUCUAGCUUUACAUUUUUUUCUAAAUUUGUAUUGGGUAACGUUUAUGAGUGAAUGCGUCAAUGACUUUGAGUUAAAUUUGGAGAAGUUUGUUUUAUCUCUUA